AUGGCAUCUGUGUUUCGAAGUGAGGAGAUGUGUUUAUCCCAAGUCUUUCUCCAGGUGGAGGCUGCCUAUUGCUGUGUAGCUGAGCUGGGAGAGCUUGGUUUGGUUCAGUUCAAAGACCUCAAUGCAAAUGUGAACAGCUUCCAGAGGAAGUUUGUGAAUGAAGUCCGAAGGUGCGAGUCGCUGGAGCGAAUCCUCCGUUUUCUGGAAGAUGAGAUGCAAAACGAGAUUGUAAUCCAGACGCCCGAGAAGGAGCCAGAGACGCCUCUCCCCCGAGAAAUGAUCACCCUGGAGAGUACUCUGGAGAAACUGGAAGGAGAGCUCCAGGAAGCCAACCAGAGCCAACAGGCUUUGAAGAAGAGCUUUCUGGAACUGACAGAACUCAAAUACCUCCUAAAGAAAACCCAGGACUUUUUUGAGACAGAAACCAACUUAGCUGACGAUUUCUUUGUUGAAGACACUUCGGGUCUCUUGGAGUUAAGAGCCAUACCUGCGUUCAUGACUGGGAAAUUGGGGUUCACGGCUGGCGUGAUACACAGGGAGAGGCUGGCUUCCUUCGAGAGGCUGCUGUGGAGAGUUUGCCGGGGAAACGUGUACUUGAAGUUCAGCGAGAUGGACACGCUUCUGGAGGAUCCCGUGACGAAAGAAGAAAUGAAAAAGAAUAUAUUCAUCAUAUUUUAUCAAGGAGAACAGCUCAGGCUGAAAAUCAAGAAGAUCUGUGAUGGGUUUCGUGCCACCAUCUACCCCUGCCCAGAGUCUGCGGUCGAGCGCAGAGAGAUGCUGGCCAGCGUCAACGUGAGGCUGGAGGACUUAAUCACUGUCAUUACCCAAACAGAGUCUCACCGGCAGCGUCUACUGCAGGAAGCAGCCGCCAACUGGCACUCCUGGGUCAUCAAAGUGCAGAAGAUGAAGGCUGUCUACCAUGUCCUGAACAUGUGCAACAUUGACGUCACCCAGCAGUGCAUCAUCGCCGAGAUCUGGUUCCCAGUGGCAGACACCAGGCACAUCAAGAAGGCACUGGAGCAGGGCAUGGAACUUAGUGGCUCCUCCAUGGUCCCCAUCAUGACCGAAGUGGAGACGAAAGCAGACCCUCCCACCUUCAACAGGACUAAUAAAUUUACAGCUGGCUUCCAGAACAUUGUUGACGCCUACGGUGUAGGGAGCUACAGAGAGAUAAACCCAGCUCCCUACACAAUCAUCACCUUCCCCUUCCUGUUUGCCGUGAUGUUUGGAGACUGUGGUCACGGGCUGGUGAUGCUGAUGGCGGCCCUGUGGAUGGUCCUAAACGAGAGGCACCUGCUGGCUCAGAAGAGCACCAAUGAGAUCUGGAACACCUUCUUCAAUGGGCGCUACCUGAUCCUGCUCAUGGGCAUCUUCUCCAUCUACACGGGCUUGAUCUAUAAUGACUGCUUCUCCAAGUCUUUUAACAUCUUUGGGUCCUCCUGGAGCGUCCAGCCUAUGUUCAGAAAUGGCACAUGGAAUACUCAUGUCAUGGAAAAGAGUCAAUAUUUGCAGCUGGACCCUGCCAUCCCAGGAGUGUAUUCUGGAAAUCCCUACCCAUUUGGGAUUGAUCCGAUUUGGAACCUGGCUUCCAACAAACUCACGUUUUUGAACUCCUAUAAGAUGAAGAUGUCAGUCAUCCUGGGGAUCGUCCAGAUGACUUUUGGCGUUAUUCUCGGCCUCUUCAAUCACAUUUACUUCAGAAGGACCCACAACAUCGUUCUGCAGUUCAUCCCCGAGAUGAUUUUUAUGCUGAGUCUGUUUGGAUACCUGGUUUUCAUGAUCAUCUUCAAGUGGUGUCGGUACGAUGCCCACACAUCCCAGAAGGCCCCCAGCAUCCUCAUCCACUUCAUCAGCAUGUUUCUGUUUGACUACAGUGACGCCAAUGCGCCCCUGUACGGCCAUCAGCAAGAAGUCCAGACUUUCUUUGUCAUCAUCGCGUUGAUCUCUGUGCCGUGGAUGCUUCUGAUCAAGCCAUUUCUCCUCAGAGCCAAACACCAGAAAUCUCAGCUGCAGUCUUUCACGAUCCACGAGGAUGACGUUGAGGGUGGCCACUCGAGCACCUCUGCUCAGAAGAAGAUGGCAGGGACUAAGGGUGACCACGAGGAGGAGUUCAACUUUGGAGACAUCUUUGUCCACCAGGCCAUCCAUACCAUUGAGUACUGCCUGGGCUGCAUCUCCAACACAGCCUCGUAUCUUCGUCUCUGGGCCCUCAGCUUGGCUCAUGCAGAGCUGUCCGAGGUGCUCUGGACCAUGGUGAUGAACAUCGGCCUUCGCCUUCGGGGCUGGGGAGGGCUCAUCGGGGUCUUCAUCAUUUUUGCCGUCUUCGCCGUCCUGACCGUUGCCAUCCUCCUGAUCAUGGAGGGCCUCUCAGCCUUUCUGCAUGCCCUCCGGCUGCACUGGGUGGAGUUCCAGAACAAGUUCUAUGAGGGCGCUGGCUCCAAGUUCUCCCCCUUCUCCUUCAAGCUAGUCCUGGAAGGGGCUGCUGAGGAGUAG